CAACCCCAGCCCUGCCUAUAGGAAAGGAAUGCCAAAAAUCCCACAGACGAGCCCUCCUUUCUAGUAUUCUCCUUAGUUAUUUAUUUUUAAGCAACAGGAUGUGAGCAGGAAAGCUCUUUGUCAGACGUGCUCCAGGAAUCAGCCAAAAGAAAGCACCAGUGUCUCCUUCCAGAUGUGGUUCUCUUGUCCCGCGAGACUCAUAAUGAAAUUACCGCAAGCCGAAUUUGUGGAGGGGGAGAGAAGAGCAAAGUUAUUGUAUAAACCUCCCCGCCGAUGACUGCAUUUUGGUACAGUCCAAAGAGUUUGCAGGUUAAUAAAGCCAAGUUGUGGUUUGUUUGCAGUAUUGAUUUAGGACUUUCAGUGCCUGCAAUUGCAUGACAGCUUGGGAAGACACCCCCCCACCCCCUCCAGAGGAAUCAGGAUAAUCCAGACGGAGCGGCAUGCAUUCCUCAGCGAAGCCCUUCAAAGAUCAGAAGUAUCGAGAACUUAAGCUACAAUGCAUUGAACAAAAGAAACUCUUUGAAGACCCCGAAUUUCCAGCUUCUGACGCAUCUCUUUUCUACAGCGGCCCCCCGCCCAGGAAAGUAGAAUGGAAACGCCCAAAGGAGCUUUGUGAAGAUCCUCGCUUGUUCGUCAACGGCAUCAGCUCCCAUGACUUGCACCAAGGGAAGCUGGGAAACUGCUGGUUUGUGGCGGCGUGUUCCUGUUUGGCUCUCCGGAAGCGUCUCUGGCAAAAGGUAAUUCCCAAGUCUAAGGAGCAGGAAUGGGAUCCAAGGACGCCAGAGAAAUACACGGGAAUUUUUCACUUCAAUUUCUGGUGUUUCGGGGAGUGGAUCGAUGUGGUUGUUGAUGAUCGACUGCCAACUGUCAACGGCGAGCUUAUCUUCUGCCAUUCCAAAGAACGGAAUGAAUUCUGGAGUGCCCUUCUGGAGAAGGCAUAUGCCAAGAUGGCUGGGUGUUACGAGGCCCUGGAUGGCGGCAACACUGCAGAAGCCAUUGUGGAUUUCACGGGAGCGGUGGCAGAGUCCAUUGACAUGACCAAGGGGAAAUAUGGUCGAGACAUCUCGGAGCAGAUGAAGCUCUUUGAGGACAUGCUGAAAGUCUAUCAAAGAGGAGGACUGAUCAGCUGUUACAUCACGCCUUUAACAGCCCGUGAUUUUGAGGCUGAAACUGCCAUGGGUUUGAUCCAAGGCCAUGCCUACUCGGUGACGGCCAUCCGGAAGGUGAGCCUUGGAGAGCGGCUGCUGACCUGCUCCAAAUCGGAGAAGCUCUUCAUGAUCCGGCUGAGGAAUCCCUGGGGGAAGAAGGAGUGGAACGGCGCGUGGAGUGAUGAGUCAGAGGAGUGGACGAACGUGAGCGAUAAAGAAAGAAGGAGGAUAGGACUCACUGUUGACAAUGAUGGAGAGUUCUGGAUGACCUUUGAAGACUGGUGCAGAAAUUUCACUGAUGUUGACAUCUGUCGGCUUGUGAACACGUCCUUCUUUAGCAUCCACAAAACCUGGGACCAGAGGAUCAUGUGUGGAGCCUGGAGAAAGAAUCCGGAUCCCCUUUUAAACCGUUCUGGGGGAUGUUUAAAUAACAGAGCCACUUUCUUGCAAAACCCACAGUACAUCUUUGACGUGACGAAGGCAGAGGACAAAGUGCUGGUCUCCCUGCAGCAGAAGGACCAGCGCAGUCACAAGAAAGAAGGGAAAGGGGAGAACUUCGUCGUCGGCUUUGAGAUCCUCAAGGUGGAGGACAACAGAGAAUGCCGAAUGCAUGCGAUGCACAUACAAGAGAAGGUGGCGACCUCCACCUACAUCGACAUGCGCACGGUGUUUUUGAAGGUGCUUCUCAAGCGAGGCCGAUACGUCCUGAUCCCGACCACAUUCAACCCCGGUGUGGAAACAGAGUUCAUGCUGAGGAUGUUCACAGAUGUGCCGUCAAAACUCAGGGAGCUGAAGCAGAAUAAACCCAAGCCGGAGUGCCUGGAUAUGCUGCGCGGCUUCCCUAAGAGGGUGUCUCAGAUAAAAAUCCACGCGGCGGAAGGCCUCGAGAGUCAAGACCGACAUGGGGGAGCAAACCCUUACCUGAUCGUCCGCUGUGAGAAUGCCAAGGUUCGCUCUCCUGUGCAGCAGGGAACCGUCAAUGCUGUUUUCAACACUCAAGCCAUUUUCUACCGGAGGAAUGUCAGACACCCUAUUGUGGUCCAGGUUUGGCACAGCAACCUCUUGUGGGACCGGUUCCUGGGACAAGUGCAGCUGACAGCAUCACCCAGUGACUCCAGGGAACUGCAAGCACUCCAGCUGUGGGGCAGAAGCAGGCGGGAGGCAGAGAAGAUGCCGGGUCACAUCACCGUCAGGGUCAUUUCCAGUGAUGACCUUCUGGAGCUAUGAAUAGCAAAGGCCGACAGGCCCAGACGUGCGGCUGCCGCCUCUCCACAAGAGACCUCGGUUGUCCCCUCAGCAGGGAAGCAGCAGCAAUAGCAGCAGCCGCAGCAAGGCCGCCUGCCCAUCACCUUUAAUUGCUUUGCCGCCUUCCUGCACUGAUCCCAGGCUCUACCUGGUCAAAGAAGAUGACUUUAAAAAGAGGAUGGGAGAAAUUAUUCAACCACUACAUCGUUCUUUUUCUGUUUCUAUGUAUAUAUUCUCUCUCUCCAGCCUCAUUACCUUGCAGUGGGUUGAUUUCAAGAGCUGGGUUUACUACGGGAGUGAAGUUCUUAUUCAUGUCUCAAUUGGAAAUUGAAAUUUCAUGGAAAUGGGCAAGACGGGAUUUACUCCUAGGACCAUCAGCAGGAGGGCAAGUGGGAAUCAUAGGGCUGAAUCCUUGCGAUCGUUGGAGGCUUAGCCUAAUUCGGGGAUGGGACUGCGGAGACUUGACUUUGCUUCCUGAUAUCCUGAUUUGCAUCCAUCAUGCCGUGAAUAGAGCCGCGUCAACUUGACUGUAUUUCUUUCAUCUUGUGUUGAGUAUCACUGCAGCAGUCGAAACAAUGGUCAAAUACAACGUUUCAUUGAUGAGUGUCAUGAGGAGAGGAUCAGAUAUCUGGGACUGAAGUACAGGCCUUGCCAUUCACGUUGCAAGGUUGGAGAAUGGAGGCUUGUUGAGGCACAUUCCAGACUGCUUGUCUUAGACCUGAUCCAGCUUUGUGACUUAAUCUACCCCAGUUGUGUGAAAAUGCAAAAGGAGAGAGAUGACCAUGUGUGUGGUAGAGGAGAAGCUGCUGGUAUCCUUUGCCCUUUCCUUCUGUAGUCAAGCACAAUAUGCUUGACAGCUGUAGGAGCUUAAUAAAGCCUGCCAUUAUUAAUAA